AUUCCUGUUUCAUCUGAAAGUAACAGACUCAUCAUACCUCAGUAACCAUAUUAAAUUAAUUUUUUUUUACUAACAAGUUAGUUAUAUAAUGGGAAGAAAUCGCACCAAUUCAACUAGUCAUCGUGAAUCUUUAGCUUACACAGCAGCAAAGCGUAUUAACGACCAAAAAUCAAUCGAAAUUUUACGCGAUUUUUGGAGAGAAGAAGGUGCAUCCCCGAUCGAUAAUCGAGAUGACACGAUUCUCCAUUUUAUCGCGAUUCAUGGUAACGCGAGCGCGUUAAAAUUACUUAUCGAGGAACGUCCCGUGAGUAAUCAAGAUUUGAGAAUUAAAAAUAACAAUGGAAAUACAGUUUUACAUGAAGCUGCUAGGUUUGGACGAUUAGAAAUUGUGAAGGUGUUGGUGAGUUUGGAUAGUGAAAUUGUUUUGGAAAGAAAUAAUAAGGGAGAGACACCAAUUUAUGUUGCUGCUGCUAAUGGAGAAAAAGAUGUGUUCAGUUUGUUGGCAGAUAAUAAUUUGUGUGAUGAAUUUACUAUGACAAGGGAUGAUGGAAGCACCAUACUUCAUGCGGCUGUAAGUCACGAGUGUUAUUACUUUGCAAUACAAUUGCUGAAAAUGUAUCCAGAAUUAGCCAGAAAACAUGAUGGAAAAGGUUGGACAGCAUUGAAUAUAUUGGCCUCAAAGAAUUUGUCUUUCAGAAGUGGAUCCAUCUAUACAGUUGAACAAUUGGGCAUUGCCCCUUUUCUUCCUGUGCAAGCCCUUGAGAUAUUUAUGUAUUUCUGCAUACCAGCAAUGUAUGAAGAGUCAAAACCUAAUAACAACUUGGAGGAUCCACAGACUACAACAGAUGUCCUCAUUAAAAGAAAAAGGUCUUCAUUUGUAAACUUCCUACUGGGUAAUGCAUGGUUGACAGUAAUUGAUGUUGAAAAGCAAACACAUAUUCUUGCAUUAACAUUAGCAAGAAGAUUGAUUGAGCAAGAAGAUUGGAGCUUUUAUGCCAAUUGUGUCGAAAAUCCUCUAAUACAAGCAAUAAAACUUGGUAUAAAUGAGUUAGUUGUGGAAAUUGUACAAAACUACCCUCAAACAAUAGAAACCAUAGAGGAUGAAGAUGGAAAAAAUAUACUACAUAUUGUAGUAGAGCAAAAAAAUAGGUUCCUAUUUGAUUACUUUAUGAAAAAUGUAUCACAUAUAGAUAGGCUGCUUGCUGAUACAAAUCAACAUGGAAAGACCAUAUUGCAUUUUGCAGCAAGUGUUGGAUCUCCAUUCAAAUUUUCUACAGAGGAACAGCCAAUUGAAAAAACAACAAGGGGUUUCAAAACACUGAUACUCAUGGCAUGGGGUGUACUAUGGUUUAAGCGCGUAAAACACUGUGUUCAUCCACGUUUAUGGACGAUGAAAGACGAUAAAGACAUGACAGCAAAAGAGUUAUUCGAUAGAAACCAUUCACAUAUAUCCAUUGAAGCAGAGAAAGCAAUCAAAGAGUUAGGAGGUCCAGCUCUCAUUCUAUCAACUCUUCUCUGCACAAUCAACUUUGCCGCGGUUUUCACAGUCCCAGGAGGCUUUGAUGAGAAAACUGGAAUACCUAUUCUUCUCUCGAAACACCAACAUUUUGAUCUAUGGAUGUUGAUGUUCUUCUUAGGUGCAGCUCUAUAUGAUUCAGUGUUCACAAUGGGAACUAUACUAUCAAUACUUCUCUCCAGGUUUGAUUCAGAUGAGUUUUAUAUCGCGUUACCACUGAAGUUCUGCAUUGUUCUUAUUUCUGUGUACUACGCCACGGCAUUCACAGUCUUGAGCUGUGUUCAAGCACUGAACGUUGAGAAUAUAUUCAUGAACAAAGAUGUAUGGUGGCUAAUUUUUCUUCUAUUUUGUCUUGGGUUGUAUAUGACUUUAAUAGUCCUGGACAUAUGUUAUUUUGUCUUUGAUUAUGUCUACCAUUUCCUUCAUUAUGCCAUUCUUUUUAAAAGGAAUAAACAUGUAAUGUGAAUUAUUACUAUUAUAUUUUACUAUGUUUUUCAUGAUA